CGCGUGUUUCCGAUUGUCCAGACUACAAGUCCCGUCAGGCUUCGCGUCCAGCCGGUUUCCUGUUUCCUCUCCUAAAGUGGAGUGUGGGUUUCAUGCGUUUGGAAAACAGAGUAACCGAAAGCCAAGAGCCGUGUGUUGCCUGGUGUGCGGUACGGACUGAAGCACUGUUUCUUCUGGCCCCAAUGUUUGUGUUAGUGGACAUGACUGAUACUGUACGGAUACCUCCUUGGCAGUUUGAGAGGAAGCUUAAUGAUGCUAUCACUGAAGAGUUAAACAAGAAGUUAGCCAAUAAGGUUGUGUACAAUGUUGGCCUCUGUAUUUGUUUGUAUGACAUCACAAAGCUGGAAGAUUCCUACAUAUUCCCAGGAGAUGGUGCAUCACACACAAAAGUGCAUUUUAGGUAUGUCGUGUUUCACCCCUUUCUGGAUGAAAUUCUGGUUGGCGAGAUAAAAGGAUGUAGUCUGGAAGGCGUUCGUGUUUCUCUUGGGUUCUUUGAUGACAUCCUUAUUCCUCCAGAAUCCCUCCAACAACCUGCCAAAUUUGAUGAAGCAGAGCAAGUGUGGGUAUGGGAAUAUGAGACUGAAGAAGGCGCCCAUGACCUGUAUAUGGAUACAGGGGAGGAGAUCCGCUUCCGAGUGGUGGAUGAAACUUUCAUCGACACAUCUCCAACAGGCCCAAGUGCUGCAGAGCCUUCCACCUCUGGUACUGCAGAUGAGGUGCAGAAGAAGGAGGCCCCCUACACUCUUGUGGGAUCAAUCAGUGAACCUGGAUUGGGCCUCCUAUCAUGGUGGACAAACAGCUGAAGGGAGAGACUAUUCUACAAAGAUGGAUGCUUUCCGAAUUGAAUUUCUUCUUGGACAGCAGAUGCAAAAUGGAAGCUGUCCCCGCACCGCCAUUUUUGCCUUGCACUAGAUGUACUUUCUAGACAAACUGAAGUUAAAGUGAGAACAUCCUAUGCAAUUUCAUUAGCACAGAAGAACUGUCACAUAAAAUGGCCCUGGCCCAAUAAAUCCAGGAGCUUCUGAUUCUGCUAAACGGCAGGCCUGGUUAUAUGUACCUUAUACACCACCACUACCCCACCCACCCACCCACCCACCCCAAAAAAGCAAUCGUGGAACAAAUUGGGAUGCAAAAAGAAAUAUUGAAGAAUGUCUUCCUGGAAAAAGCCGGUAUUUCAUGAUGCUAUCUUGUUUCAUGACAUGACUGAGAUGAAAAGGAAGGAUGUUGUGAAAGCUAGUACUCAUUCUGUUGGGUGUUCUAGUUCUCCACUAGGGUGGAGGUGCUUGUGACAACAGUGUGUGAAAAAGAUGAGUGAGUUCUUCGAGGCUGGUAAAUCAUAGUAAUCAAAGCUGUGGCAAGAGUAGGGAAGUAGCCUAUGUACAUAGCUCAGUCCUCUUUAAUUGAUCUUUUUGAAUGCAUUUGAAACUAGCCAAUGAAUUGAUAUCCAACUGGCAGAACAGACUGAGUAUUGCAGUUAGUAAGUCUGGAAUGUUUAGACAGCAAACAGAAAUGAACUGUCCUUCCUAGUCGUGCUGCCUGAGACAAAAAAUGGAUCUCGGUGGUGUGAGAUGGAUGGGGCGAGUCCACAGAGGUGGCCAAACAGUUACCUCCGCAAACACACUGCUUGACUUCACCUCUUCUCUUUAGCAGGAGCCCCCUUUACCACCAGAUUGUCGUGUGGUGGGAUUAUAGCUGAUUUGGGCCAUGCACAUAGCAUGGCAGUCUCUCUCCCGCAUGGUAAUACACUAGAAAACUACUGCCUUCUGGUGGCACAAGCCAUUACGUGCACAUCCGAAGCCGCUCUGAGUUUGACUCUUCCUGCAUCAAGCUUAUGUUGGACUUAGCUAGAAUUUUUCAUUAUAUCCAAACCCACUGAGGCAGCAUGGUGAUGUUUUGUGUGAUGGUUACUUCUGAGGCACUGAGGUUUGUUUUCUAGUAAGCUCUGGUAACAGAUCUAAUAAAGAAUAGAAGCUUUGGCUGAAGAGUAGAUGAGUUAACCAUGCAAUAAAAAUGGAAAUAAAAUUA